AUGGCCAAUUACGGGUGGCAUCGGCAGAGAAUGCGCGACGGGUCAUCAAGAGCUACUUAUCACUGGGUAUUUUUUGUAACCUAACUUGAAAAAAUCCAGAGUUUCAGCCACAAGGAUGGCACCGUUCGGUUUUGGCAAGAAUCAGGAGAGCAUCUUCAAAUUUUAUAUCGACUCAAAACAGCUUCUCACUUUGAACGGCUUGAGGAAAUGGAAGCUUCUGAUAAAGUUUCUCACGCUGUGAAAAGUAUUGAACUUUGUUUGGAGGUUAAAUGAGAGGAAUUCUCGAUAAAAAUGAGGAUUUUUGCAGUCGCGACAACUUUUGGUAGCCGGAAUGUCGGGCCAAGUGACGUUGUUCAGGUUUUCCAAAACGGAGAACAUGAAUUCGAUAGCGGUGGUCAAUAUUCCGCUGCUGGGCAAUCCGUCGACGUCGUGGGCCUCUGGACCGGGCUUGACGGGAGAUGAGAAGACGAACGGCCCGGCCGGCGCCUCCAAGGAGAUCCGACGGCAACGGAAGGUUAGUUGGAAGCCGUGUCGUCUCCUUGGAUAUCUCGAAGCUUUUCGUCGGUCGGAUUCUCAGUCAAGGAUUUGAAAAGAAAUUUAUGACCAUUCCACUCAAAAUGAUUCGAUAUUGGAAGAUUUUUCGAAACCUCAAAACAUUUUUUUUUUUCAUUCAGCACAUCAUCUUUAAAAAAAAGAGAAACAUUUCUAGGUCAUUGAUCAAAACAUUCAUUUUCGAGCGGGAAAUGUUAUCUAGAAUGGAGAGUCCUUUUACCUAGCAUACUGGGGGUUUCUAUAGAUUUUUCUAAACAAUCUUCGAAGAACUGGAAUCGAUCACAAUCAAUCGCUCUCUGUGCAAACUUCUAGAUUAGGAGAUUUAGAAUAGUUUCAAAUACCGAGUUUAGGAGAAAGCUCGGUAUGAAAUCCAUAUUUCGCAACUUGAAAAGUUCAUUUCUUCAAAAAUCAAAGUUCGCGAAGAUAGCGACUAUGCCGGUCCGAAUUCUAUUCCACUGCAAAUUUUUCGAGCAAUUUUAAAGAAAUUUUCAGAAAGCUAAGUAGAAUGAUUCUCCAUGUGAGUACAUAGUCUUUUCAGAGACUUUUUUUUCAAGUUUUUUGAAAACUCAGAAGUCUUGCAUGGCCUUAAAUAACACUGAUAAUGGCUCUUCGUUUUGAUAGUAUUAAGAAAAUUCAGUGGGCGUUUUCAAAAUUCCUGUAGGGUUUCUGAAAAGACAGAAUAAUUAUUGAAAACUUAUCAGGGAAAACCUUCGAAAAUCCACCGACACGUAUAACUGUUGAACUUUUAUAUUAUCGUCGUUUUGGAAAUUCCGGACUCACUUUACUAUUUAUCAGAACUGUUUCAAGAAGGAAUUGACGCGGAAACGAUUCCGAAGGGUCAUUUUUUCCAAAACGACAAUGCAACUUGAUAUGCCUAGCCGAAUAACAGGAAUUAACAUAACUACGUCUUUUACCACCCCCUUUGGAUCGUUUUCAAUCUAACUUUCCUUUGUACCUUUAAUGAUUGCUGUUUUCCUUUCCCGUUAUAACUUUGCUGAUGCUUUCACCGGCUGGUUUUCAUUCAGAAGAUUUUUUGAGGAGAUUUUUGAACAAAUUUGAAACCAGUCGCAAAUAACGAGAAAAAAACGCUUGAAUUUCCAUUCCACCUAACAGCAAAUGAUGGCUCGUUUGAAGUGUUUCUAGUUGAUGUGAGUCGGUAAUCGAGCAUUCCAGAAAUUGUGUCACAUCGGACGACGACGAUUUUCGUUUCAAUUUUUGCCGACACAACUUGUUGAGUUAUGGCCCGGUUUCGCUUUUUUUUUUUCAAAAUUUCAUCGAGGUUUUUUGAGAACGUGAAAAUUCAGCUGAAAACUUGAGGCUUGUCACUAGAGAAAUGGCAGCUUUUUUGCUUGAUUUUCAUGUUCUUUUUUUCGUUUUCUCACUACUCGUUUUGCACCCUUUCCAUGGGCACUGAACAUCUGGGACACUUUUAACGAUUUUUCUUGAAUUUUAAUUUUUUUUUUUUCGGUUUUCCUAUGGAACAUAGUUUGAAAAAGUUCGAGUUAGAUGAAGUAAAAAAACAGUUUCCUUUUAGAUAUCUCCAGUUCAAAAAUUGUGAAAAAUAAACAUUUUUUUCAUAGAAAAUAACAGUUAGCCCUUUAAAAAGUUAUGACUAAGUCAUAGUGAAUAAAUUUAUAAUACAACUUAAAAAUAGAUAAUUUGAAAUACAAACACAAAUAACAUGCACCUUUUUCAAACCUUCUCACGCUCACCUGCAAAUUUUCCUCCUCAUUUUAACUUCUUUCCUUAUUCUGUUAUUUAGAAUGCGGUAUUCCAUUAAAUUUCUCCUCCAUCAUCUCUUUUCUUGUAAUGCUAUUCCUAAUUUCGUUUUCAUUUCCGUUUUAUUUAUACGAUUCUUAUUAAGUCACUCUUUGAAAUACUAUGGGGAAAAAGAUAAAGAAUAAAUUUAAAUAAUUUAAGAGUUAAUUGAAGGAUUUUUAGGUGAUGAGUCGAGAUUCGACCAAUUCCUUCGAUACCAGCGACUCUGGUGACGAGAGAAUCGUGCCUUUUAAGGUUCGAGGUGCUCCCGUAAAACGGCCGCCGGGAUUUCAGGUUAUUAUACAUAUAUUCGAAAUGCGCAAUAAAUAAUAUACCAAAAAUUAUACAAAACUCGACUCCACUUUAUCAAUUCAAGUUGAACUUUAAAUCCCGCAAUUUUUUUUUGUGCGAAAUGAAAAUGAAUUUAUAAUGUCAACCGUAGACAAUAUUUGAAAAAGGUGUUUGAAAAAUGUCAAAAAUGAAAUGUCAGUACAAAUUACGUGAAAUGAGAUUAACCCUUUGAGCUUUUAAAAAGCAGCGGAGACGAUAGCGCUAAAAGUCAGACUGUAAUAUCGAUGUAUAGAUAGAUAUUUGCAGCCCGAACUAGCUUGUUUCAUUCCUUGGCCUUCACAUGCGAAAGUCGACAAUCUGACGUCGAUAGCGUUGAAUUCAGCCUACGGAGUCAUUGCCCUUGGUUUCACUUCUUCCGGUCCAACAAAGAUGAUCCACCCCUUUCCAGGAACUUCGAGUGGCCUGGCCCUCGUGGACAUCACCCAAUGCGCCUUGAUCUACGCCUGGACCAGCAGCGAGCUGUACGGCUCCGAGCCGACGCCGGCCAUCCAGCUCAACAGCCAGUUCGGCGACGCGCCCAGCCCUGUCGAGGUACGGCACAGAGUGCCAGCACCGCCCAAAUCAGACGACAUCUUUCACAAAAAGAGUUCAAUUACCUGAACACCUACUUAACGAACUAAUAUUGGACCUAUUACUAACUUGUCUAGGUUUAUGACAGAAUCAGCUGCGUGAAAAGUGGACGAUUAUGCGCUCCAUGGGAAGUUCAAGGCGCAAAAACGUCUUUUUCUCAAUUUUUCUCAAUUUUUUUUAAAACUUUGAUUCAAGGCGUCUCAUCCACUCAAAAGCAACGAGAGGAAUAAAAAAAUUUUUCAAAAAAAGUUCAAUUGAAAAAAUUGUUUUUAAUUUCAAUGAUUUCUAUGACGAAGACAAAAUGAUGCAAUGAAGUUUGAAACAAAAAAGUAAUCUUUUGCGGAAAAUAGCCCUAGAGCGCAUAUUCUUCUCCGCCAUUCACGGCUUCUUCAGCUGUUCUGUCAUAUACCCUCCUGUCUGACGUGACGCAUGUUGCAUGAAAGGAUCUAACUGCAUGACGUUUUGCGGUGGACUCAGUGUAGUCGUGUGUUUUGUAUUUCAGUCGCCGGAAGAGCCUCGAUCAGGCAGAGCGACACCGGCUUCGCCCAUACCGACGCCUACAAUCACGACGAAGGCGACCUUAUCGACGAGUGUGACGGUGAAGUUGUCGAAUGGACUUCUGACGGCUGGAGAGACGACUUCGAUCGCGCGCUGCAAGUCGAUGAACAAUGGGAAAGGCUCAGGAAUCGGUGGCAUCUUCCGAAGGAACACGGCCGAGCUGGCGGCCACCAUCCGAGAACGUUACUCCCAUCCGACGGCUCAACUCACUCCUGACCGGCCUGACGUCGAGCCGCCGCCCUCAAGAGGUCAGACUCCUCCGCCAACUCCGAACGAAGCGGAGACGGUCAAGGCGAGAAGCCAUUCCGUCAAAGGAUCCAUCAUGCGCCGCUUCACCAAGGGAUCUUCGACCAAAGAGAAGCCGACAAUGUCUCUUUCUCGCUCCAGAAGCUUCCACUCGAACAUUUCUGAAGAAGGUGAGCAGGGUUCUUACCUGGUUUCUUUUUUGCUUUUAAUUCUUUUUUCGACUUGCUUGGUUAAAGCUUACUUUUUCGAUAUCGCUCGUUGAAAAAUUUAUUACCUUUAUCGCUUUCAUUGGAAUUAGUUGUGCUGUCUUUCAUUCUUUGUUUUUUCUUCAAAUUUUGGAGAGAUUUAAUUUUUAUCGUUGUUUCAAGUGGACUUUUUAGUGCCUCUGUUCCCUUAAUAUCAUUAUUUUUGUCUGUCUGUCUGUCGUGUCGUGCAGUUCUCUUCUCAAUGUUAGGGGUCCUUUGUUACUUCUGCGAUAACUUGAAUUUUCCAUGAUUUGAGUAGAUGGAAGGUCGUUUCUUGAGUAAGCUAGGUCGGGAGACAAAGGUGGUGUUGUAGUCGCCGAGCAGCCUGGAGCCGCCGCGGAGCUCCCUCGUCCGCCUCAACACCGACGUCAAGCAAAAGUCGUUCGAAAGCCGACGGCCGCAGUUGUUCAAGACGCAAAGCGUCAUCGAACACACCAACGGCGGUAGUCCGCGAGGUUUUGUUUGUAAAUCCCAACAACGCAGAAAUUUUCUCUAGAUAUUCUGCUACGAUAUUCCUAUUACAGCCCCAUCAAAUAGAUCAAAUUCUAAGAGAAUUUCGUUUUUUUUUCAUUGAACAGACCUCAGUUUCUUCUCAAAAAAUAUAAAAAUAGAUUUUUUUGAAAUUCACUUCACUAGAUCAUAAAAUAGGUAAAUUUAGCAAAGUUGGUAAAUUAGCAUAUUCUACAAAAAUACUUUGGUUUCUUUUUCAAGUUUCUGCCGAUUCUUAGCAAUUUUCAACACCUAUUUCAGAAUUUGGGAUCUCUUUUCAGGAAAAACUCCAUUUUUCAAUCAUCCAGAAAAAAAUAUUACCACACUAAAAAAUACUCCUAUGAACUCAAUAAUUUGAUAUUUUGAAGAUCUUCGUCUUCUAUACCUAAUCUCAGGUUUUUUUUUGUUCAAACCUUCUUCAAUUAUAUAUUUUCUCCUUUUAUAUCCUCUGUGCUGUUAUUUUUUUAUCAUUUUCAUAAGCCUCUAUCCUGUAGAAACUUACAAAGAAGGUCGUUUCUCAUCAUUUCGAAUUUUCAGUUUGAUCUCCUUGAAUUUCUUCGAAGGACUAGUAAAGUUUGAAAAUAAUUUUUUUUGGGAUGCAUAGCUCGGAGCUAAUUUUAACACGAAAUAUGGUAUUUCGCAUCUCUAAAAUUAUAGUGAAGCGAUUUUGAGGAUCUUUGUCUAGAACUUUCAGAGAGUCAUGAAAAACAUUUCUAGUGGAAUAAAAGCUGAACGACCUCCUUUGUAAGCUUUUUUUAAUUCAAAGAUAGUGGAGGUAGUACGCAACUUGGUUAAGGUGAGAACUCGCCGGGACUGUCGCGGGCCGGAAACGGGUCGCCGUCGACGAGCAGCCUGGAAAGGGCGAUGGCGCCGCCGGUCAACGAGAGCGUCACUUCGUUGCAGUUCAUCCAUUCUCACUCUCGGAGGAAUGGUCCGUUUGAGAGUCUCAUAAUGAAAAAACCUCCCGAACAGUUCAAAUCAUGCCUCAUAAGGGAUAUUUUUUUCGCUUCAAUUCUUAAGUAAGCAUUCCACGAUUGACAUUUUCAGAACGAAAAAUUUUGGUUUAAAAUGAAGAAAAGCGCAUGAUAAAUUGGAGAAAGUCCCUCCGAUCAUUUCAGACGCGAAAAUGGCGCCUUGUUUGUGGGUCGGCACUUCGGCGGGAACAACGAUCGCUUUGAAUUUGAUCUUGCCCGAAGAUCGAUUCGUUUCCACGGUUGUUGUGGCUCCGUCCGGUUGGUUUCGCACUUCUUUUACCGCAAAAUAUCGACUUUUUUUCAAUAGAGAAGCAUCUAGAUUCUAACAACUAUCCGUAGAGCGCACAAAACUCUAUUGCUCGGAUCGCGCUUUCAUCUAUCUGCAUAUUUCUUUCCAUUUCCUUCUUUCAUUUUCUCAAAUUCGAUGUGUUAUUCACACGCUCAGGCUUCUUUUCUUUCUUUUUCUGCUAAUUUGCUCAUGCUAUCGCCUUUCUUUUACCCACCAGCUUUUUUAUAUCUUUAUUAAUCAUUUGCUGGCUAAUUCUAAUAAUUUGCAUCUUUUCCCAAGUUAAUGAAAGAUGAGCUGAAGAUAUAAGGAUGAAAAUUUAAGAUCUCUAAAUUAUUCGGGCUUUUUUUCGCACUUGAUCGUUUCUUUGACAAACCAAGGUGUGAAAAAUUAAUUUUUUUCAAAAUAUCAAUCAAAAUGAGAAAAAAUAGAAAUCAUUUACCAUGGAGCAUAAUUAAACUAAACGACUGAUUUAACACGCUGUCUCCGUUAUUCUCAAAAAUUUCUAAAAGCAACGGGUACAAUAAAAAAAAUUUUUUUUGAUUUUGACAAAACUUCAUCCAGUGUGAUAACCCAUCAUCAGAAAUGCGGACCCAACUUUUUGAGCCAUUUCCUCUUACUGUAGCCGGGUUACGGUAGGCAGGUGGGCACCUGCGUAUCUCAGUAUUUAUGAGUUUUUAUUAGGCAAGUGAUAUAUCAAUCGAUAGGUAAUCCAAUUUUAGGAACUCUUACAGUACAUACCAUCAUGGGUUACGGUGGGAAAAUUUUGAGUUACGGUACUUUUUGUGUCCGCCGAGUCAGUUUUUCGACCACCAUGAGCUUGAACCGGGAGAUCCAUUCUUCCUAACUUCUCAAAAGAUACCUUAUGAGAAGCUGUACAAGCUGUUACUAGUUUGAAAAAAUCCUAGGUGGACCAUCAUUUCGAAAAAUCGCCUCGAAGGCGCGCAAUCGUGGUCUUGCGGCGGCCAAGUGGGUGAAGUCCAUGAUGCCUGACGGCUCAUUCUUCAGAGAUCCAUCCCAAUCUUUGUUCCCAUUUCACUAAUAGACAUCUAUUAUUGAUUUUUAUUUCAAUUUGAGAUGUUUUCGGGUUGACCAUCAUCUCGAAAUUUCAUUUUGAACCUAAAUUUGGCCUAAAAUGGCCGACUCGGCUUUUUUCACGGGAUCCCUGACCCCGUAUGUGACCGUUCUCAACUUUUUUCUUUCUUAAACAUGAACAAGAGUGUCUGAACAACAGUUUUAUAACAAUCGGAAACCCUUUUGAGAGGACCAUCAUCUCGAAAUAUCGAUUUGAACUCAAAUAUCGGCUUAGUUUCCCCAUUUGAAGUUUUUAUCAUUUACAUCGAAACCUAUUCUGCCAAUUUCUUUUCAAAACAGCUAAUCAAAAAUGAGAAAUGUGAAAUACCAAGAAAUUUUUUUCAUAAAAGAGAAAACUCGUCUUUCUGACUACCGGUGAGGUUGAAACUUAACUUUCAAGGCUUUCAAACUUAACUUUCAAGGCCGUUGUUUUUUUGAGAAUAACGGAGACAGCGUGUUAAGUUUCUUUUAUAAUUGAAAUAUUUUUAAUGGAAAAAGUUCCCAAUUUUUCAGCUCAGCUUUCAUAAACCUCGUUUUUUUUUUUUCCUGCAACGCUUAAAUCUAACUGGUUAUUUUUUCAGCAGUGGAAGAAAGUAAGUUAACGACAAGCUGAAUGUUGUAAAACUUAUUAUUAACAUACGAUCUGUGCGUCUUUUUGUGGGGCGUUCCGAAGGUGUUUUCAGUUGUUUUUUCGCCUUUUUUGCAGUGUGUCGUGUUGCUUUUUGCUGGCUUUUUCCGCUUCUAACAUUUAUUUGCGCUUUUUUAUCAAUGUUAUUUUCAACAAGUUUCCUCUCGGUUGGUUACUAUCGCUCAGUUUUUUCUUCAACUAAUUUCAAAACGAACUAACAUGUGAACUUAAGCUUUAACUUAGUUAAUUUCCUCGCAACACUUUUAAAUGGUCCCUUGAUUCUCAAAAUCUUCAGUUCGGGUGAAGGCGACGAUUUCAACUAUCGGUACGUUGUGGUUAGAACGGAUUCCCGUUUCCUCCCUGGUUUCCAACGAAUGCUUAGAAAUCCCACUGUGUAGUUUUGUAACAAUAGAACAACGCCUUAUUUCUAACCUUUCUGUUUUCAAAUCCAUUAUGUAGCUAACAAAAAGUAAGAAAACUCUCAAAUUUAUCAUUUUGAAACUUAAUUCCUAGGUCUGCAUGUUUGUUGAGCAAUUUUGUGUUAAUUGCAAAAAAAAUUUCAGUUCUGCAUGAUUUUCCGAAUUGCACAUUUCGAUUUCAAAAAAUUAUUGAAAAAGACUUGCUUAGAUAAUUGAUAAUAACUUUGUGUUUGUAGCUAUGUAACAUUAGCGUUUUUAUUUCUUAUUUUUUGGCGUUGAUUCGCCUUGAUUCCUGGUUUUCAUUGUGAUUUUGAGCUCUUCUUUCCUUUUUUGAUGGGAAAUGACUGCGUUCAGGCACGGUGGUGAAGCUGAAAGGCCAGGUGCUGUACCAGACGUUCAUGGACAGUUCGUUCUGUCUGGUCAGCGCCGCCGUCGAGUCCUACAAGGAGACGAGCCGCGAGAGCAAGGACACCAACAGUCCCGAAAGAUCACUCACUAAUAGGGUUUGUGGAUGUUCCGAGGGGUUUCCAGGAGGCGGAAAUUUAGUAUUUGUGGACUUCCGUUUCACAAGCAGUUCAUUUUACUUUCCAUUCGAGAAUUUUCUAAAAAUUAGCCAGUUGGAAUUCCUGGAUUUCCUUUUUUUUAAUAAAAUGGAUAACGGCAUCAAUAAAAUAAACAUGGAUAGGAACUUUAUCAAACAAAUAAGAUUUCACGCAGGACUUUCCAUCUUGAACAUGAAAGAAUGAUCUGAUAGAUUUUUUUAAAAACUUGAAAAAAAUUUUUUAAGGCUCGCAAGAAAUCUCUUCAAUAGCAAAUUUUUUUCUCGAAAUAAAAUAACUUUCAAAGAUUUUUUUGGCUUUGAGGUGACUGCGUGAUUCCAAGUAACCCAAAGGGCAAAAAUUCAAGAAUAAAGGAAUUUUUUUCUGUUUUCUAACUAAAUUUUUUUCUACUUUUUUUACAUAUUAUCAACGAAUUAAUCUCGUUGAAAAGUUACCGAAUCCCUUUGUAAAUAAGAUCCUUCCUAUAAAAAAAAGUUAUUUUUCACUUGUUCCAGGAUGAUGAGGUCUGGAGAAGAUCUAACCAAGCAGAAUUUAAUCAAAUUUUCAAACUUUUUAUAUCUCCCUCGUCAGAUUUUCUUUUUACUUUUCGAAAAUUGGAUUGAUUUUUUCAGACUCUGACAAAGGGAAGCCUCGCUCCGCAGUAUUCGAACUCGAUCGACGUCAACGACGAGAUCUCUCAAGUGCUGGUGGUGGUCGCCGAGAUGGAGGUCAAGGUGAUCGCCUUGCCCAGCUUCAGCCAGCUCUUCGUCCACAAAUGCGAUGAGAUUCCUCUCGUCAAAGUGAGCUUCCCUUGAAGGCCUCUCGGAUCUUCAACUAGCAAAAUGAUUUAUUCAGGCAUAGGGAAACUAGAACAAUCGCUUCAGAGUUCUCAGUAUUUUUUUUUAAAUGUUUUUUUGUUUGCGGAUAUUCUGUGAAAUUUCGCAAAUUACCAAUUUUUAGAAAAACGUCUGAAAGUAGGUUAAAGAUCAUUUUCCUCUGAUUGAUUGAUUGAAGUUUUUGAUUAAUAUACAGUCUGUAUUCAAUUUAUACAACUUUAUUGUUUUCUUCCGAGAAGCCAAGCGCAUUCAUCUAAUUUUUCGGUAUCCUCUAAUAUUUUGCAAAGUUGAUGCGUGUGAGGAUAAUUUUCUAAACUUUAAGAUUUCUCGAAUAAGAAUUUUUGUGGAACUUUAAGCAAAGUAGUGCCGCAUCAAAAUCUAUUCAAAAAUGUUGUUUCUUGAAAUGAAAUUCAUCGAAAUGCCUCUGAAGACUCAUGACGACGUCUUCAGGCCAAAGCGACGCAUGUCCGCGGAUUCCCAGUCCUGAUGUGUCUUUCUGCGGCCGGCCAGAUGGUGGUCCUUUCACUGCCGUCGCUCCGCCUCCUCCACACUUCGGCCCUGCUUCCGCAUUCUGUCGAGAUUGAAGACUCGUGA